AGGGCAGGGCAGCUGGGCUUCAUCUCCAUGGCAGGGAACACUGGAUUGUAUCCUGGGAUUGCUCUAGAGCCAAACCAGCCCUUGGACUCCUCACUGCUCUGAAUCCCUCUGAACCCUCUGGAUUGUUUGCUGUGUCCAGUGCUGGGUCACUCAGCAGGCAGGCUCCAUGCUCCUGGGGCAUCACACCUCAAUCUGUCUUUGCAAGAGCUGCAGGUUUCUCUCUUGGUACCAAAACUGGGCUGACAUCUGUAGCCUCUCCUCCACCACAAGAGCGUCCCAAGGCAGAUUUCAUUGUGGAUGUGUUCGGUGUUUGUUUCCGUGUUGGAAAGUCUGCCGAGAUGCCCAAGAAAAAGCCAACUCCUGGUGAUGAACCCAAGAAGGAGACAACUUCAGAUGAGGAAUCCGGGGAUGAGACAACUCCUGGUGCCAGUCCCAAGGAUGAUCCUGGUAGCAGUCCCAAGGGUAGGAAUAGUCCAGGGAAGAAAAAGAAAGUCAUUGGAGCUGUCAUUGGAGCCACAGUGGGAGCAGGAGUGGCACUGGUUGGCAUCCCGUUGUUCAUCAGCGCACUGGGGUUCACAGGAGCCGGCAUCGCCGCUGGCUCCAUCGCUGCCAAGAUGAUGUCAGCAGCUGCCAUUGCCAACGGGGGAGGAGUGGCUGCCGGCAGCACCGUGGCCGUGCUGCAGUCGGUCGGAGCUGCAGGUUUCUCUCUCGGUACCAAAAUUGGGCUGACAUCUGCACUGAGCACAGUUGGUGGAGCAAGCGGUUUUUUGCUGUCCAAGAAAGCUCGAAGAGACAAAGCUAAAAAAAAGGACAAAAAUCCAUGUGACAAACCCAAGAAAAAGUAACUCGGGUGAUGAACAUGAGGAGGAGACAACUCCAGACGAGGAACCCAGGAGAAGCCAAGCAGGUGCCUGACCCCAAGGCUUUGCAAUGCACAAUGGCAGGUGCUGGCAAAGCCCCACAGACCCCUCAGGGCUUUGCCUCCCCUUUUAAAAGCUUUGGAUUCUCUUGAGCAACAAGUGCUCAAUAAAGGCACUUUUCCUGCAGCAGAGAUGGUGUUUGUGUGUCACUGCAGCUCUUGGGUGAUGGUGGCAUUAGAGGGUGAGAGAGCACCAAGAGCACCAUCCCCACAUGAAAUCUGUGAGAUUCUGCUUUUAAACUGUGUGGCUUGUGCUGCCCACAUCCACUUGGAUCUUCCAAGAUUAAAACCAUGUUCUUGGGGUUCAUUUUGAGAUGUGGAGUGUAAAG